ACUCUUUACCAAACUACAUACAUCGUAACAUGAUGUGUGAAGAGAGAAGCUUGGUCCUCUUGCACCGUACAGACUUACCACCUGCUCUCUCUCCCUCCCGGCCCGAACCUGGCGAUGCUCGCCGGUGGACUCAGGCGUCUCUCUCGCCGCCACAUCUCCACCUGCUCUCUCUCCCUCCCGGCCCGAACCUGGCGAUGCUCGCCGGUGGACUCAGGCGUCUCUCUCGCCGCCACAUCUUCGUCUUCCCCCUCUACCCUCCUCGCCUUCUUCCCUUCCACUCCCUUGACCCCUCCGUUCCAUUUCCAUCUUCAGAUACACCAGGCGCCUCCCCUUCACCUUCAUGCGACUUUUUCCCCACCGACCUCCCGAAACUCGUCUCUUUCAAACUCUUAUCUUCGCGCGCCUAUCCCGAAUUCUCUCAAGAAACCCGUCCGACUCCAGACGAAUCGACUCCGGAAGAUGUUUCCGUCCUCGGGUCCGACGCGCUUGACCUAGGGUUUACUAGCUCGGAAAUGAGUGGAUGGCGCACGCCGGUCGAUUGCGUCAUCGACUUGCUUGAUACCGCCCACGAGUUCUCCGGCUUUCCCUGGUGGCUGGUAAUUUCCACUUCCACACUGGCCCUUAGAAUUGCAUUACUUCCAGUAACUAUUUUGCAAUUAAAGAAAAUGGAUAAAAUCGCUCAGUUCACCACCAGAUCGCCUCCUCCAUUAUCACCACCUUCUUCAGGAUCGAGUUUGAAAGAACGAGAUAUACUUCACCAAAAGCAAAAGAAUGCAAUUGGGCGUCCAUCAUUUUUAUGGAGCUUCACAUCUUUCUUUGUCCAGGCACCUUGCUUUAUUCUGUGGAUGAUGAGCAUUCGUAGGAUGUCAUUGGACAGCCAUCAAGGAUUUGAUUCUGGUGGUGCAUUAUGGUUUCAAAAUCUUACAGAAUAUCCACAUGGCGUCCUUGGCCCUGUCUUUCCUUUAUUAAUUGCUGGACUGCACUUUGUCAAUGUUCAGAUUUCUUUCAUAAAGUUUAAGGAUCAGGAAUUGCCUGGAGUAUUAGGCUUGCUUCAAAAGUACUAUAGGCUUUGGUUAAAUUUCCUGACAAUCCCGAUCCUAUUUACUGCGUUUUGGGUGCCACAGGGAAGUCUGGUUUAUUGGCUAACAAAUAGUUCGUUGACUGCAGUUCAACAAUUAGCAUUGAAGCAUCCUCGUGCCCAUCAAGCAUUGAGAUUACAUAAAAGAUCUGGGCCAGUGAUGGCUGUGAAGAUUCCUUCAGAAAAACUGGUUCCUGAUGAACUCCUUGUUAUGGCUCUGCAACAUCGUGUGGCUGGGAAUCAGGAUGAGGCACUCACAUUGCUGAAACUGGCAACUCAGAAAGAUCCUAACAUGAUAAAAGCAUUGAUUGCUAUGGGUGAGAUACUGCUCUCCAAACAGCUGCCGACAGAAGCCAGUGAAUAUUUCAAUUAUGCAAUUAACAAGAUGAAUAAUGAGGAAGAUGAAGGUAUUCUAAUCUCAGCGCAUCUUGGAGCAGGGGUUUCACUGUUUUUACAGGGGAGAAAAAUGGAAGGCCUUCUACAUUUAAAAAGAAUUCCAGAUUUCAAGGAACCGGAAGAUCCAUGGGGGAAAGCUUGCUACUUCAAGGGCUUAGUUACACUUGCGAGUGCUCUGUCGCAAGCGGGUGAGAAAGACGAGGCAAUCAUGUAUCUUCAAAUGGCUGCAGUUUACGAUCCUUCUGUCACCAAGUACAUCCAUGAGAUCCAAAAAGAGCAUACGCAAUAGCCCCUUCUGUGGCCGAUGGAUAAUUUUUUCAUCUUAUUUUAUAUCAAUUUAUCUGCCUCUUGGUUAACAGGAGGUUAUAUGAUACAUCCAUGUCCUCUCUUUUAUCGGUAUUGUAUGCCUGCCUCGUGGCCAUUUGGAGGUAACAAGGUUCUGCUGAGCAGCUUGAUAUUUUGUAGUUAAUUCUUUUCCGUUUGUAGUUAGAAUAAAUUGCCAAGUGUAUGAUCUGCACAAAUAAACUUUAACCAUGUGUUUAUGGCUUCA